AUGUCUCCCAUGCCUAUGCCUGUUGUCAGUAGAAGACUCAGGUUCUUCAAAGCACUAAGAAAUAUUCUCCUCUGGUGUGGCGUCGUCGCUGCUUUCCAUUUUAUCUUUGCCUACGUCAGCGAAAACGAGCCCUUCCUCCAUGCUUUCCUCGCCCUCUUCACCUGGCGUUACUUGCGCCUUAUUGGUAAUAUAAUCGGUUUUUACUACUACCGCCCCGCCAUCCCUCUCUCUAACAGGCUCCGGUACAUUCCGUCUAGAGAUGUCACCGUUGUCAUCCCCACUGUCGAUCCGAACGACAAAAACUUCACCGAGUGUGUCGAGUCGGUGGCCUUUAAUCGCCCUGCUAAGAUCGUGGUCGUUACUGUCGGCCAAUCCUUGCAUACUGUGGCCCAGGCUAAGGUUAACGCCCUGCGGUAUCGGUUCAGAGACACUCAGUUUGUCGUCGACCACAGCAAUGUCGCCAAUAAACGUCACCAGAUCGCCAAGGGCAUCUCCAAGGCUGCGACCCCUAUCAUCACCUUCAUCGAUGAUACCGCUGUCUGGGGUCCCAACAUGCUCCAGUCCAUCCUCUAUGCCUUCGAGGAGGAUCCCCACGUCGGUCUUGUCGGAACCAACAAGUGGGUGCGUCGUGUUUCUGGUCUCAGCCCCUGGGCUCGCAUCUGGAACGUCCUUGGCGCGACCUACCUGAUUCGGCACAACUUUGAGAUCCGUGCGACCAACGCCAUCGACGGCGGUAUCUUCGUUGUGUCUGGUCGCACGUACGCCAUGCGUGCCGAGCUAUGCAAAGACCCGGAGUUCCUGGCCGGCUACACCAACGAAAUGUUCUUCUUCGGCCUGCUGGGCCCGCUGAACCCGGACGACGACAACUACAACACGCGCUUUGCCGUCCGCAGGGGAUGGAAGAUCAAGAUCCAAUACACGCCCGAGUCAGAGAUGAUCACGACGAUCGGCGUGACGAACGGCAUGAGCAAGUUUCUGAGCCAGUGCUGUCGCUGGGCGCGCACGACCUGGCGUUCCAACGUAUGCAGCCUCAUUACCGACCGCUCCAUUUGGGCUGAGCAGUGGUGGUGCAUCUACGCUGUGUAUCUCACCUCGCUAACCAACUUUGCCCUGAUAAUAGAUCCUUUGUUGAUCACCCUCGCUGCGAUGGCGCCCGCCCUCCCUAACGUCAUCACCCUCCCCUGCCUGGUAGGUUGGAUCCUGUUCACUAAGGUGAUCAAGGUCUUUCCGUAUUACCGCAUGCACCCGCAAGACCUGUGGACGUUUCCAGCGUAUGUGGGCUUCGCCUACUUCCACAGCCUGAUUAAGUUCUGGGCACUCGUAACCUUCUGGGACUGUGCCUGGAGCGGCCGCAAGCUCGAGGACGUAAACAAGCAGGCUGCUAAUCCGCAAUCCAUUGAGCUACGCAACCUGUCGCCGCCGACUGACAAUGCUGUCGCUUCUUCCAAUGGGCAUACCAAUGGUCAUACUAACGAUUUAUGCCAACAGCACAGUGGGCACUCCUCCUCGGGCUCGGCUGUUACCCCGGGUCAACAGCAGCAGCUCUGGUAG